ACGCCGAUUUCUUUCAAGCUUGAGCAGCCAAUGGAAUUUUACAUAUGUCUUCAGCACGGCGCAGCUUGACUGUUUUCUUUUUACCGAAGUUUUCACCGCCACAUAAAGAGCGUAGCGACAAUUUGCAACCAAGAAAACUUGAACGAGUUCUCGUCCGAAAUUCUGUGCUUCCUUCAUCGACAGGGUGCAUCUAGCUUUUCUUCUGAAGUGUCGAAGUGCGCAUGUCAACAGUACGCCAUUUUUGAUCUGUGUUGGGUCGGAAGGGCGUCUUUCGUGGUGAAUAAACUGAUCAAGAACCUGUCCUUCUCAGAAGAAAACGACGCCAAGCAAUUUUCUACCUUUUUCCAGUUGAAAAAUAUGCUGAGAGAUGUAGAGUUGGCAGGAGUGCCAUGGGUAGGACGGGCUGCGAGCGCAGGCCUGUAGGGGGCCCCCCUGGGGGACUGCAGCCCCGGUAGUGGGCACUGCCAGCCCCCCACCCUUUGCUGCCCCCUUCCGCCUCCUCCUCGGAAGAGAGAGGAGAGGAAGGACCUAGCAGCAUGCCGUCCUUCUCGCGCCUCGGGAACCUCAAGGACCCGGAGCUUGCCGAGCUAUUCGACAAGGAUGACCCCGACAAGAUCUUUGUGGACCUCCGCGAGAUCGGCCACGGCAGUUUCGGGGCUGUCUAUUAUGCCCGGAACGUCACGACCAAAGAAGUUGUGGCCAUCAAAAAGAUGUCAUUUACAGGCAAACAGUCAACAGAGAAAUGGCAAGACAUUGUCAAAGAAGUGAGGUUCCUGCGCCAGUUAAAGCACAAGAACACAAUAGACUACAAAGGAUGUUAUUUAAAAGAGCACACCGCAUGGCUUGUCAUGGAGUACUGUCUUGGGUCCGCAUCAGAUAUCAUUGAAGUUCACAAGAAGCCUCUGCGGGAGGAGGAGAUCUCUGCAAUAUGCAAGGAUGGCUUGCAAGGUCUGGAGUACCUGCAUUCACUGGGCCGCAUACAUAGAGACGUCAAGGCCGGCAACAUCCUGCUCACCGAAAAUGGCACAGUCAAGCUUGCGGACUUUGGCUCAGCGUCCAUGAUCUGUCCGGCCAAUUCCUUUGUGGGCACGCCGUACUGGAUGGCGCCCGAGGUUAUUUUGGCCAUGGACGAAGGCCAGUAUGAUGGGAAAGUGGACGUCUGGUCCCUGGGGAUCACAUGCAUUGAACUGGGUGAAAGGAAGCCUCCCUAUUUCAACAUGAAUGCCAUGAGUGCCUUGUACCAUAUCGCCCAGAAUGACUCGCCCACACUCAGUGGAGGGGAAUGGUCGGACGUCUUCAGGCAUUUUGUAAAUUCCUGCCUGCAGAAGAACCCUGCAGAUAGGCCCACAGCCGUCAACCUGUUACAGCAUCCAUUCAUGACGCGGCCACGCUCAGGCAAGGUGAUAGUAGACCUAAUCCAGCGGACAAAGGCAGCAGUUAGGGAACUGGACAACCUCAACUACCGCAAGAUGAAGAAAAUUCUCAUGAUUGACUCGCAAGAGAACAACGAGGCCAACGUAGUGGAGGCUGAGGAUGACUCGACAGAGGACGACCAAGUGAGCACAGGGGGCAAUGGGGGCAGCAGUGCGGGCAACGGUGGGGGCGAAGGCAGCAAGAGCAGCAGCCUGCGCUCCAACCAGAGCCAGCAGAGCAGCAGCAAUGUGAGCGCGGGCAGCCACAGCAGUAGCACCAGCAGCCUGCCCCCAGCCUCGGAGAUGGACUCGUACCCACCUUCCUCUUUCCGGCAUCCGAGGGACAGUAAUUCAUCGUCAACCAGCUUGAAUAGUACAGAAGCAGGGGCCACUAAUAAUUUUGCAACGAUACGGACAACAUCUAUAGUGACACGUCAAAUGAAGGAGCAUGAGCAGGAGAACCAGAUGCACGAACAAAUGUCGGGCUACAAGAGGAUGCGGCGCCAACACCAGAAGGCGCUAGAGCAGAUGGAAGCAAAAUGUAUACAAGAGAUGGAUGAUCACAAGCAGAAGCUUGACAAGGAAUACGAAACUUUGUUACAGCAGUUUAGUAAAGAACUAGAAAAAUUACAAAUGAAGCAUCAACAGGAUCUAGAGAAAAAGCUGAAGCACAACCUGGCCGGGGAGAAGCGGCUGACACGCACCAUAGCGCAGCAGCAGGAGGAAGAGACGAAGCGCUUCCAGCAGCAGCAGAAGGUUGAGUACAAGUACCUUAAAGAGAAGCUCAAGAAGGAGCUCAGUGACGACAGCAGUGGCGGGGGUGAUGCCGCCCUGCGGGGCCACAAGGCGCAACUGCAGCAGCGACAGGCAGAGGCCCUGGCCCGGCUGCAGCGGCACCAGGCAGACUAUCUUCAGCUGGAGGUGCGCAAGUACCGGCGCCGGCGCCUGCUGCAGUACCACCGGCUCGAGCAGGAGCUGCUCCGGGAGGAGCUGGCGAAGCGGCAGAGCCAACUAGAGGAGGCACACUCCAUGCUUCUGCGGCACCACGAGACCACACAGGAGCUGGAGUACCGGCAGCAGCGGGGCGUCCACCAGCUGCGGGAGGAGCAGGUGCGCAAGCAGCACCAUACGGAGCUGGCCAACCAGCACGAGUACUGCUCGCGGAGAGAACGGGAGUUGCACAAGCGGCACGCGCAGGCCGUCAAGCAGCAGCCCAAGAGCCUCAAGCACAAGGAGCUGCAGAUCCGCAAGCAGUUCCGCGAGACGUGCAAGAUCCAGACACGCCAGUACAAGGCGUGGAAGAACCAGGUGCUGGCCUCAACGCCUAGGGACGACCAGAAGGCGGUCAUCAAGAAACUCAAGGAGGAGCAGAUCCGCAAGCUGGCCAUCCUGGGCGAGCAGUACGAGCAGAGCAUCGCCGAGAUGCUCCAAAAGCAGUCGAUCCGCUUGGACGAAUCUCAGGACACAGAAGUGCGCCAGCUGAAGGAGCAAUUGCAACAGGAGUUGGAGCUUCUCAUGGCGUUCCAGUCCAAGAUCCGCAUGCAGGCCGAGGCCCAACGCAACCGGGAGCGCCACGAGCUGCAGGAGCGUGUGUCGGUGCGCAGGGCCUUGCUGGAGCAGAAGAUGGAGCUAGAGAAGCAGCAGUUCCAAGAAGAGAAAGCUGAGCGGCAACGACUGCUAUGCGAGCGGCAGUCGCGUGAGAUCGAGGCCUUUGACGAGGAGAGCGCCCGCAUGGGCUUCAAUCCGGUCGAGAUAGCGGAGGCCUCCCGGGAGUCCUUAGGUUCGUCGGAUGCAGACAGCCUGGCUGGCAGCACCCUCAGCCUAGCCCACAGCAACAGUGCCAGCUCCUUCACCCACACGGCCCUCUGAGGCAACUCCCCCUCUCCCUCACCUCCUCCUCUCCUCGUCACACAUUGCAGUGGUCAGUCACGGCAGUCUGCCACACUCACGCAGGCCAGUGUGGAGUUAUUCUUCAAACACAAUGGUGCAUGGUGCAAGGGUGGUGUGCCGUGUGCACUAGGCUGUCUUUUGCUUGUGGACGCAACUUCCCGCAGACCUCAUGGGUAGUAGGCACUAGAAAGAAGUACACCACCUUGGCCAUGAUUUUGUAGCGAUACCUUUUUCGAUGCUAUUACUUUUUGCAUUUUUCACACAUCAUCAGUGAUCAUAGCGACGCUUCGUCCGCAUUACCAGUGGGAUCAAGCAGCCAAGAAUGGUAGUUGAUAUCAGGUGCAUAUAAUCGAGUUGAAGAAACCUCUAUAAUAUUGAGGGCCUAUUCGCUCAACCACUCAUUUGUCUGAAGAAAGUAGUCGAGGUACUGCAGUCAUUGCAGAGAUUCAAGAUUUGUUUACUGUAUAAAGCAUGGGAACAAAUUGCCUGCUCUGGGAAUGGUGUAAACUAUCUGGCUGCAAGAACUGUGAAAAAAAAAAUUCUUUUAGUGCCAGACUGGAGGGGCCACACUUGAGAUCUGCGAGAAGCAACGAGAGAAUUGUGUCAUUGCUGCUCAUGGUGACGCCUACUCUGGCAUGCUUCCCAUUUUGGAUCAUACCUCCAGGUGCUACGUGCCUGAAGCUGUGCAGUACAAGGUUGUUAAAAUACUUGUCUUGCUGAGUCGAUUAUGUUCACUUGGGAAGAACUUUCGAGAACUCCUUGCUCUGCUCUGAUAGGCAGUGUGGAGAAUAUUGCUCUCUCUCUCUCUCUCUCUCUCAGUCACAUUUCUUUUUUGUUGCAAUCAAAUGGUAGUUUUGCAUGCCAUUGUGACAGAAUGAAAUUUCUUGAUAAAUAAACCUGCAGCUGGUCAGUCCUCCCUAAGUGUUGCAAAUCAGAGCUGCAAGCAGGACAAGCAUUCCAGGUCAUACUUGCACAUUCUGCACUGUCUCAGUUGUACAGUGCAGUCAAACAUUGAAGAAGUUAGAUGAAAAAAUCUUGUUUGUUAUAUUGGAUGAUUAUUAUAAGAGUAGACACGAUUGGGUCCAGCAGUUAUGUUUCUGGGGCUUCCUUUUAGUACCAGAAAGGACCAAGCCGUUGCUUUAGAUAUCUUCCAUUUGCUGUUCAUGAAUGAUGCAAGCACUGUCGUGCAUCAGAUGAAUCAAGUGUACAAAAGAGUGUGAUUACUAGUUGCUUUAGGAAAUGUUUUCAAUUUUUUGUUGCUGGUUUACAUAUUUUAAGCUACCACUGGGAUGGUAUGCCAACAGGCCCUGCAUUUUUGGCUACAUUAUAAGACUAGAGCACUAAUUUCCCUGAGGCAUAGCUAACGAAGCUUUAUAUUUCCUUUGUUGUAUCUGAUAGUUCAUUGCAUUAGUGUUUGUUAUGUCAAAAUUUGACUGUAUUACAUUUAGCUGCCGUAAAGCUCACAGUGCUUAAGUUCUUCACGUUUAUGAAGUGACGCUGUUGGUUAUACUUUCAGCGCUGUGGUAUCUAAUGCAUGGAAGGAGAAUGCCAGAUUGCCGUGUAGUCCACUUCAUUUGGAGCACUGCACCAAAUGUUUUUUUCUCGUGCAGUGCUGUUUAAUUGUUGCUACAGCUGGCAAUAUUGUCCCGUUUGUGGAGUCGGGCCUAUCAUUUCAUUCAGGCCAGCGGCACCUAGUUUAUCAUGAAGGAAUUAAUGAAUGCAUCAAUUAUUUUUGUAAAGCUGGUUAUGGCCUAAUUAAUUGGAAAGAGGUGUGUAAGGGGCCCAGGAGGGAAACGGGACAUUCUGGGAAUCAGUGGCCAUAAAAGUGUGCAUAUAUUAUUACAAACUUGAGCUCACUUACUGUGAGAGGCAGUUUUGAGGCCAUGAAACAAGAAGUAGGGAAGAAGUUAAAAUGCUUAUAGUACAGCUGGAACAAAAUCUCUCUCUCUCUUCUCUCCCUCCUUUUGGUCUUGUAACAAAAACACACACACACGAACUUCUGAAAGCUUUGGUACAUGAAUAAUAUGAGGAAAAGCCAAUUUGAAAUUUGAUAAUCCAGAAAAAGUUUUGUAUCGUAAUGCAUAAGGAAUUGAGUGGCUCAUCAUUCUGCCAUAGGGUGGGGUCUGAAUGCUCAUCAAAGACAUGCCUUUUAGUUCAGCAUAGCCAAUGCAGUAAAGCUGGAUUGCAACACUCAUCAGGAAAAGUAUGUUUAGCUAAUCUAUUAUGUCUUCAAUAGGUAUUGUGAGGUGCAAACUGCAAAAAAAAUUGUCAUAAUUCACAGCCAAAGCCUCCAGUCUGCAGUUAAGAACUGCUCUGUUUGGGCCCCAUACUCAAUUCAAGAACGUCCCUAUCAGUUGCAGGCUUCAUAUUUAAACCGUAAAGUUCUUGCGUUUCUUCCUAGUUUCUGAAUCUCGAACACCUUUGCAAAAUCCAGCUUUAUGUAUCCAGCUGACCUGGAGCCCUUUUGGAUGGACAGCUGCACUCGUGGUUUCGUGCAUAUAGCGCAGGGAAGGUUACGGUGAAUUCCACUGGCUGGUUUGAAAUACUAUUAAAAAGGCAUGCUCAUUUUGUAGGCUCAUUUUGUAGAAGAUGCAGUAGCUUUUACUGAUAUAUUCAAAACUAGACUGUCUAAUCUAGUGAGGAAACAUGUGACUGUGCGCAUAUUCUGCCAGACGAGCACCCAUUCUUGUCUGCGGAGCAGAAGAAAUGGUUGCUCCCCAAAUGGACCAGCGGAAUUCUCCAUUUAUUGCAACACUUGUUUGCUGCAUACGUGAUUUCAGUUUGUCCAUGGCACCAUGCAGCAGCGUGCGAGCGAAGUGCAUUGUCACACGUGCACACACACCUCCGCAGUCUGCGCGUGCUCGUUUAUUAAACCUGACGAGACAGUAACCAGAUAAAGAAAUGCUGCCAGGUGGUUAUGGCUGGCCCUGGCCUUUGGUGGCAGACUGCCUGGACUGUCCCGUAGGCCUGACCAUGUUGAUGAGUGAUUGUCCCCCUUUACAAAAAACCCUUCUUGUUGUUGUAACUGGCACCCCGAGGCUGCCGUGGCAUGGUUGGUGGAGUGUUGACCUGACCCUUGGUUGUUUUCCUCCCCCGGUAUUUUUGGUCAGUGCAGUGCAUUCUGUGUGCAGGGCACGCUGCCGCGCAUCCCACCCAGGAGUGCCAUUGAAAGGUGGUCUGUUAUUUUUUUUUUUUUCUUUCUUUAAACGAGUGUGGCGGGGAGAGAAAAGUGCGAAUACUAUAGGUCGAUUUUCUUCUUUCUGGUGCGUUACUUUUUUUUUUCAUUCUCCUUUUUUAGCGCUUUUUUUUUUCCUCUGCCCAUUUUUUUGUCUUGAGACCCAUUCAUUUUUUUUUUCGAAGGGCAUGCCAUUUUACGGUGCUAAAAACUUUUAUUUUUUAUUUUAAAUGCUGUACCCAGUGCCCUCUGCGUCCUUUACAUAGUUUCCCUUUUAGUGCAACAUUUUUUUCCAGCCCCCCCCCCCCUUUUUUUAUAAUGUGCUGCUGUUAGCCUUUUUUUGACAGAGAAGGCUGGUACCCUUCCCCUUCCCCUUUCUUUUUCUUUUUAAUAGAAAUUACUGUGCUCUACUUUUUGUGGCCAGUCCAAGUAGUCUUUGAUUGGUUCAGUUUUCUUUUCUUUUUUAAUAUAUAUUUCAUUUUUCCCUCCCCCUUAAUUUUUCUGGUGCAAAGCUGGCAUUGACAUUCAAUGCCUCUCGGUUCUGGCAGAAAUAGUGAGUAACUUGGAAAAAUCCGGUGUAGUGUGCGCUGCCAAAGUCGCAAAGUUUCUUGGAUGCCAUUUUGAUGCUGUUGAGACACUGUAGGCUUCCUCUGCUCAGUUUUGAUGAUCAAAUUGUAAUAGUCUGAGGGGUGUUAAAAAAAAGAAGAAGAAGAAGAACGGUGUGCGGUGACAACUUUGUUUUUGGAUGGAUUGCAGCUGCUUUCAUGCAGCCUGCAAACCAUAGUUUUACUAAGUAAGUAAGAAUGCACAAAGUGUACAAACAUCUGUGCUAAAUGUUAGCAAUGUUGAAUCUGGCAACCCAGGUGUGUGUCAGGGUUUUAGAAGAAUCGCAGUGAAACUCUCAUCAUCAUACGGGAGUUUUAUGUCUGUGAACCUCGGUCCUUUGGUUGUUUUGCUUUCUCUGCAAAACAAAUGUCCUCUCACACCUUAAGCCAAGAUUUAUAAAUAGCCUGCAUGUGCUAGCCCUGUGUCUGAGCAGCAGCUGAACAAAGCUUCUUUGGAUGCGACGCUGCUUGGGUAUUGAUGCCCAUUUUAGCAGUCUUAAGGCUGUAGCUCUAAAGUGGCAACCGAACUGAAUAUAGGUUUGUCCGAUUCUGAAAAGCUCUAAGCAGUGCAAUUCGUGCUGUGCCAGGCUACACCCACUCGCUGCCACGUUCAUGGGUGCACCGCACUGCGGCAGCACCUUGGUGCGCCUUACUUUGCACCUUGUGCAAUCGAGGAAGGAAGUGCGGGGUGUGCUGCAGCACCACCGAACAGUCGAGGACCUAGGUGUAGGGAAUAUUGGUUGCAUUGAAUAGACCUUAUAUUUCUGAUGUGUAGUUGAUGCAUUGUUGCCGGUGUGUCCAUUUUGCUCAGUGCUGUGACCGUACUGCAGUCCCUGUCGGAGUGUGUUCCCCAUGGUUACCAGCUGAAGCUGAUAUCCACGCGGUGUUCAUUUCAACUCGUGAUAACAUCGUGGUUACUGUAUUGUGCAAAAUGGAUAAUCCAGCAUCUUGUGACACUGAGCCCCCCUUCAAAAAAAGAAAAAAUAUAUUCAUGUGGUUGCCGCUCAAAUUUAGUGCAUCUCGAUUUCUGUGCAUGCAUACCGAGGAAGCUUCUCUUCUUAUUUCUGCUCGCAUUUGGGUGGUGGUGAACAGAGUUCAAGUGCCAUACAUUUUGUAGGUCUUGCGUUUAAAACAAUUUUGGCCUAAAAUGAAAGGGCAAACCAAUGUGACAACCCUUCUUACAAGCACACACACACACGCAUGCACGCACACAAAAGAAAAGCAACAAGUGCAGAUUUUGUAAUGCCCAUAUUAGAAGUCGGUGUCAUGCAGGUGCCAUUAAACGUGCUGUUGCCAGCGAAAGUUUGCAAACCACGGUACAAAUUAAAAAUAUAUAUAUAUUACUGCAGCCUAGGCAUGCAACAUGCCUCCAGGAAGCUGGAAGUGUCCGAACUUGGGUGUCAUGUGGUCACUAAAGUGCUGCAUCCCUCAAUGUCUACAAAGUGGCUUGGAAGCUUUAGUUCUUUCAAUGCUCCCACUGUCACAACACUUUUGCUGGUAACGGUACAAGAGAUUGCAGUACCACAAGUUGCUCUUUUUCUAAACAAGCAAAAAAUGAAAAUUUUGGACUAAUGGCCAUUUGUUGCUGCACAUGCACUCGUCUACAGCGGUUGUAGUAAGCCCUGCCCGAUGGAAUCGUGGUCAUAUUUCUGAGAGCAGGAAAAAAAAUUGUGAAAAGCUAGCGCACUGUUCACAUACAGCUCAAGAUGAUGUUGUGCACUUUGUUGCUGUCAUUUUAUACGAGCCUAGUAGAUGGAUGUUCCUCAAGACGAACAGUCUUCCGUUUCAGUGACGAUGAGUGCUUGGAGAUUUUGUAAGCUGCCCAUUCCUUUUUAUGUCCGCCUUCUCUCUGUCCCUCAAUUUUUUUUUUAAUUUUUUCCCUAGGCACAUUAGAAGCACCAAACAAAGAAAAACUAUUGGGGCAUGCUACCUACAUUUUUAUGUUGACCCCAUAAGUUUUUGUUUUUCUUCAUUAUUGUGUGCUACUACCAACUUGGCCCCUGCCCAACAGUUCUCCUCUUGAUGUAAAUAGUGCUGUAUAAAAAAAAAUACAUCAACUGGGUUGUAUAGACAAGGUCACAUGCACCUUUGCCAGUGAACGAGCGAAUAAAUGAUUUCGGAAGAAAG